AUGGAAGAUGUAUCAUUGAGAGAACAAUUGAGAAUCGUCUUCAACCACAUCGAUAAAGACCAAUCUGGCACUUUAAGCGUCUCAGAAAUUGAGGAUGGACUCAAAAUGCUAAAUUUAGGCUACAAUAUUGACUCACACUCAGCGGCGCAAGAAAUCUGAACUGAAUGCAGCAAGGACCAAAAUGUUACUUAUGAAGCAUUUCUUGAGUGAAAUAUCAAAAAAGUCUCUCAAAGGCUAGCCCAUUCACAAGCUACCACUAUGGCAAGCCUUUUUAUAAGCCCUGCAUUCCGUGUAGUCAAUUUAUUGAAAUCCUUUGAUAAGUACAUCCCAGAAGCCCAUAAGCGUGAACUUCAGUGGUGUAUUGAUCAAAUAUCAAGCGGGGAAUUGUACUCAGUCAGCCAACUCCCACAGCUUACUCGUUCAGCUUCACUUAUAGAGCAAGACUCUUUCCAAAUUAUUAACUUUUUCUCUAAGUUUGAAAAGGAAAACCAGCUGGAAAUAGAUGAGGAUUUUUGUAUAAGAAAAUCUAGAGAUCGGUCUAAUAGCAGUCCUGGAAUAAUUUACAAAAGAAGCUCAACUCUUCCAGAAAUUGACUCUGAUAUAGAAGACCUUAAAUUCAAUAUUUUUGACCUGUGCACUAGGCUAGAAGAAAAUAGAGCAACUACAUGCAGGUUUAUCGCAGAUAAAAUAUUUGAAAAGUGGCAUCUAUUUAAACUGAUGUCAAUCAACAGAAAAACAUUUAUGAAAUUUACCCAUGAAAUUGCUCAUGGGUAUAAGCCUUUGCCUUAUCACAGUGCUUUGCAUGCUGCAGAUGUCAUGCAAUGCUGUAACUUGUUUUUGACUAAGGGAGGCAUCGUUGUAUCAGCAAGACUAGAAGCAAUCCACAUUACAGGUCUUUUAUUGUCAGCUUUAAUUCAUGAUGUAAAGCAUCCAGGAGUCACUAAUGGAUUCUUGGAGUCAACAUCUGAUGCAUUAGCAAUACAAUAUAAUGAUAAAUCAGUAUACCUUUAUCAUAAAAACUAAUAAUUUUUAUUAAUUGAUUUUAUUUUAAUAAGCGCUCUAUUUAAAAUUUUUUUUCUUAUUCUUUGCUACGAAUAAUACUUGAAAAUUUCCAUUUAGCUGAAGCAUUCAAAACUGCCAUGAAAGACGACUGCAAUAUUUUUGCUGGGCUUGCAAAAGAAGAGUAUAGAAUUUUGAGGCACAUGGUCAUACAAUGUGUCUUAAAAACUGACAUGUCAACUCAUGCUGACCAAUUAGGUUCGAUUCAAACAAGAUUAACAUUAGAAAUGCUGCCUAGUAAUAAGCAGUUACUGUUAGAAAGUCUGCUUCAUGCUGCUGAUAUUUCUCAUAGUUUGAGGGAGUGGGAAGUCCAUGAAAAAUGAAGCGCAAUGAUACAAGAUGAGUUUUUCACUCAAGGAGAUAUUGAAAAGUCAAUGGGAAGAGAAAUCAUUUCAUUGUUUGAUAGAAAUAAAGCAUCGGUACCAAGGCUGCAGCUAGGCUAUAUUAAUGCAGUUAUAUUACCAUAUUUUACUCCGCUACUUAAUUUGAUGCCUGAGCUGAAAGAAAUGCAAGAUAAUAUUGAAAAAAAUAGAGACAAGUGGGCAUCAGAAAUUUAG